AUGAAUGUGCAAGUUGAAGAAGUAGAUCUAUCACAAGCCCCCUUUUCUUCAGAGAAACUAAUAGACUUCAUUGAGUCAAGUUACGACUCAAUUGUAAAUGCAGAUGACGAGUCCGCAUUAAAGGAUAUAUGGAUUCGAAAUAUUCUACAACGUUUGAAUAAGUUUUCAUCCUCUUAUAAAUAUGUCGUUUCAAUGACGUGCUUAGAAUCAUCUAAAGAUCAGAACACUCAGAAUAAUUAUUCAAUUUCCACCUCGUUUGGUGCCAUUUGGAAUCCCCAAAAAGAUGGCCAAUUCACAUAUAGAAUUAAUAGUAAGCAUAGUGAUACGCUCGAUAAAGAAUACAUGUUUACAAUAAUGUGGAUAUAUAAAUGA